UUUUUAUAUAUUUCAUGAAAAAAUAUGUUUUUCAAAACUAUAGUUUGAAUGUGUUGAUCAAAACGAUCAUGCGGGUGAAAACGUUUUGUUAUUGUUUACCUUUGAAAAGACUUUAAUUCCUUUAAAACGGUACUUUUUACGAUUCGGUAUAAGGAUAAAAGCCCAUAAUGGAUUUUCAAAAUCGUGCUGGUGGUAAGACGGGUACAGGAGGUGUUGCCUCAGCCUCAGAAAGCAACCGAGAUAGAAGGGAGCGACUGAGGCAGCUGGCUCUGGAGACGAUUGACCUGAAUAAGGACCCAUACUUUAUGAAAAAUCACCUCGGUUCUUAUGAAUGUAAGCUAUGUCUGACACUACACAACAAUGAAGGCAGCUACCUGGCACAUACACAGGGGAAAAAACAUCAGGCUAACUUAGCAAGACGAGCUGCAAAAGAAGCAAAGGAUGCACCGGCCCAGCCUGCUCCGGAGAAACCCCGGGUGGACAUUAAGAAAUUUGUGAAAAUUGGCCGACCUGGUUACAAGGUUACCAAACAGAGAGACCCAGAGUCACACCAGCAAAGCCUGCUGUUCCAGAUUGACUACCCAGAGAUUGUGGAAGGAAUUAUGCCACGACAUAGAUUUAUGGCUGCUUACGAACAGAAAGUUGAACCCCCAGAUCGUCGCUGGCAGUACCUGUUGUUUGCUGCAGAGCCGUAUGAGACCAUUGCCUUUAAGGUUCCUAGCCGAGAAGUAGAUAAAGACCCUAAGAAGCUGUGGAGUCAUUGGAACAAAGAAACCAAACAGUUUUUCCUGCAGUUUGCCUUCAAAGUGGAUUCCAAGCCGGCACCCCCCCCUGCUCCACCCAAGAGGGAUCAAGGCCCACCCCCAGGGAUGAGAGAGGAAGACAAGGGGGAUGGACCACCAGGGAUGGGAGGCCCCCCUCCACAGAUGGCUCCUCCCCCAAGGAUGCCACCACCACCCCCAAGGAUGCCUCCCCCUCCAAUGGCAGGGGGACCCCCAGGGAUGGCCCCACCCCCUCGACCACCCAUGCCACCUGGACCUCCCGGCCCACCUCCCAUGGCUCCACCCCCUAUGCCCCCCAUGGGAGGACCGAUGGGUAUGGGUGGUGCACCACCCCCACCCCCUGUCCCUCCUCCCCCACCCAUGGGUGGAGGGCCCCCAGCAAAUAUGCCAGGCAUGGCUCCCCCACCCCCUCCACCACCUUCUUAAAGAUGGAAAUUUAUUACAUACCUACUGACAUCAUUAACACUUAUGUGAUAAUCAUAUAAAUUCAUGUUUUAUUCUUGUACAAGUUGCAAAUUCACAGAAAAUAGUGUUGAACUUACCUUAAUCGUGAUGUAGCAAUUUUGAAAAAACAUAUGUUGAUAAGAAAAUGGGAAAUCCUAAUUUGUACCUUUAUUAUGUAUUUGAAAACAUGAUCCAUUAUGGCAACCACACAAGUAAUAUCGGGGGUUUUCUUGAUUGCUCAUUUUAAUGUACAAGGUUAUGAGAUGUAAAAAUAUAUUUGAAACGUGAAAUAAAACAUAAACAUUC